AUGGCUGCGAAGAAGCCAAAUUUCUUAAUUAUCGUUGCGGAUGACCUUGGAUUCAGCGACACCACUCCGUACGGAUCGCAAGAUAUCGAGACACCGAACCUGCAGAGGCUAGCCGAUGAGGGCUUGCGGAUGACUGGAUUCCACACCGCGGCGUCAUGCUCUCCAACUCGAGCAAUGCUGCUUUCUGGCACCGACUCUCAUAUUGCUGGACUUGGUUGCAUGGCAGAAAAUGAUAAGCCGGGAUACGAGGGAUACUUGAACUAUCGGGUCGCAGCGCUUCCUGAAAUACUCCAGGAUUCCGGGUAUUUCACACUUAUGAGUGGAAAAUGGCAUCUGGGCCUGAAGAAGGAACUCAGUCCUCAUGCCAGGGGUUUCACGAAAGUGCUCUCCAGCCUCCCAGGAGCAGGAAACCACUAUAACCACGAGCCACAGCUUUACGACCUACCCGAAAAGCCCACGGCCAUAUUCAAGGGCGACGGGAUUUGGAUGGAAAAUGACAAGUUCAUUAACGGCAGCCAAGACUUGCCGAAAGAUUUCUAUUCCUCCAACACAUUUACCGAAUAUUUUCUGAAGUUCCUGGAUAAGCGGACCGAGGAGCAAAAUGAGCAGCCCUUCUUCGGUUACCUUGCCUUCACGGCGCCACACUGGCCGCUUCAAGCACCGCCUGAGCUUGUGGAGAAAUAUAGAGGCAAAUACGACGAUGGACCUGUUGCGCUGAGGGACAUAAGACUUACGAGCUUAAUUGAGAAAGGUCUCGUACCCCCUGAUGUUGAGGCUGCACCUUUGCACACUCUGGGCACGAAACCUUGGGAUGACUUGACCGACGAAGAAUGCAUGCGAUCGGCGAGGACCAUGGAGGUCUAUGCAGCUAUGGUAGAUCUCAUCGAUACCAAUGUCGGGAGAGUGCUCAAAUACCUCGAAGAAACAAGGGAACUGGACAAUACAUUUAUUGCCUUUAUGUCAGACAAUGGCGCCGAGGGACAGUUACUGGAAGCACUUCCCAUCCUGGCCGGCUAUACCCUGGACGACAUAUUGAAGAAACACUACGACAAUUCCUUGGAGAAUAUCGGGAACCAUAAUUCUUUCGUGUGGUAUGGACCGCAAUGGGCUGGCGCAGCAACUGCACCGUCUCGAGGGGCAAAGUCACAUACAACAGAGGGUGGCAUUCACUGUCCAUGUAUUGUGCGGUAUCCCCCGGUUCUACAAGAAAGUGGAGUUAUCAGCGAUGCUUUUACGACAGUAAUGGACAUAUUGCCCACUGUUCUUGACCUUGCGGGGGUGAAACACCCUGGGAUCUUGUUCCGCGGGCGUGAAGUUGUGCCCAUUAGAGGCAAAUCUUGGCUACCUUUACUCCAGAACCCAAUGAGCAAAACGCUUCAAAUAUACCAACCAACAGAUAUCGUCGGAUGGGAACAACUUGGCAUUGCGGCAGUGAGAGUUGGAAACUGGAAGGCUUUGUUUAUGCCGCCGCCGAAGGGACCGGGAAGAUGGGAGUUGUACAAUCUGUCCAACGAUCUCGGCGAGAUACACGACCUGGCCGAGAAAGAACCUGAGAAGUUGAAAGAAAUGCUGGCUCACUAUGAGACAUACUUUCAUGAGACAGGGGUAUUCGACUCAUACCAUGAUCCAAGAGGCGAUGAAGCAGAGGCAGAAGCGUCCCGGAGCAAACAAGAGGAAGACGUUUGA